AUGGCCAAGGCUCUUGGCGAGAAUGUGUUGCACGUCUGGAAGACACCCAUCCUGGAGGCCUGUGCUCGGACCAGGACUCUACGAAGUAGCUUUGCUCGGGAAUCUCGAAGAAUAAAUUAUCGACAUGUAAGAUCCUUCAUCGCAUCCCUCUCGGUGCCUUUGUGCCUGGCUCGACGAAGAUACCGCCUGGCAAUGAAGGCUUCACAGGUCACCACCUUGUCUUUGAGUGAGGUGGAUGAGAAGUGGUCACAGGUCGAAAGCAUGGCAGAGGAGGUGGCCGGCAGUUGUGCCCUCCUUUGUUGCGUGCAACGGCAGCUUGGUUUCUUGCCAGCACAGCGGGGCAUCUCCGACGAGACAUGUACUGGAUGA